AUUGUCCACGUUACCCACCCAAGACUGAAGAGUCGUUACUCCAUCUGGUAUUCCGGUGGUUUUCUCAGGGAGUUUAUUGGCUCUUAACGUCUCAAGUCUCCUCACUGCGAUAAUUCAUUCUUCCUGUUCGUCUUAAUUAAAAAUCAAACAAAUCCUCCAGACUAGGGAUUCCAAUCCAACUGUAGAAUGUAGAUGCAGUAGUCUUCGGGACGGUAGUAUUGAUUAUUGAUCCCCUCCUCCUGAUUUCUUCGACUUUGACUUUGGUGCCUAAGAUGGCAACCUUAGGGCUUGAGAAGCACAUGACUGUUUCAUCCAAGUUCAUAAUUCCUUCUCUUAUCUCUUGUGUCUUCGUCUUCCUCUCUCAAUUCGCCCUAGCUAUGAUUCCUCGUUACUUUGCUUCCUACUCUCUUAUCGCCAAACUCGCACUUUCAGCUCUUCUUCUCCUGGUGAUUGCAGGUUUUGGCAGAUUUUUCAGGCGACUUGUUGGUGUUUAUGCUUCUGCCCCGGCUUUUGUCCUCUUCAAUACCUUGUUUAUUUGGGGAGUUUAUAUUGUGGUUGUCCGACAAGCAAUUUCAUAUUUAACCGAUAUUGUAUUCAAUGUAGAGCUUGCCCUGCUCAUGAUUGGUCUUUAUAGCAUCAUCUGUAGUGAUCCUGGUUUGGUAAUACAUGGAUAUUCAUGCUUGGAGAAAUUUUCUGGAAGUGCAGUUACUGAUGCCAAACCCCACUCAAAGGAAAAACUUUCGGGAAGUGUUCUAGAUGAUGAAAACCCAACUAUAGAGACAGAGGAAGUAAUUCCAUUUCUAGAAAACUCUUCUAGGAGGGUGAGAUUCUGCAAGCACUGUAAAGCAUACAUCAAGGGAUUUGAUCACCAUUGUCCUGCUUUUGGGAACUGUAUUGGUAAAAAGAACCAUGUCCUCUUUAUGGUUCUUCUAGUCGGAUUUAUUUUUGUCGAGGCUUCUUAUAUUGUGUGCUUCACUCGAUUUACUACAAGAUAUCAGCUGAUGGACAAGACUGGAUUGGAGUUCAGUCUAUCUAGCAACUUUGUUAUCAGCACAAUGAUAUUUACUCUUCUCCAAAUGUUGUGGCAGGUCCCAUUUCUCCUAUGGCAUAUCUAUUGUAUCUGUUUCAACAUCAAAACUGAUGAGUGGAUAAACUGGAGAAAAUACCCAGAGUUCCAUCUUCUUGUUCAGUGUCAGGAGCAUGCAUCUCCUGAAACAAAGUUCAGAAACCCAUACGACAAGGGUGUAUUAGGCAAUAUCAUGGAAUUCCUGACAUCUUUACAGUACUCUACAUCCUUGAUGCUUACGGCGUUGGUGUGAUAAGCCUUAAUCGAUCUGCUGUGCUUUUCUUGAUAAAACGUAUAGCUGGUGGAGCCUCUGGUUCUUUUGGCAAUGAUUUGUCUUAAACUUGGAGGUUUCAAAACAAUCAGAUUUGGCUGCCUAAAAUUCAUCACAAGAAAAAUAUGGAAGAGAUUUUAGAGGGUGGAUCAGUGAUUUUACCGGUGGCUCCAGCUCGGCUUGGCUGAAGGAACCAUGGUCGAUGUGAAUUUGAUUCAUCCUAACGAUUGAAUGCAGAGUUAGAUAUUUAAUUUUGUGAAGCCUACUGUGGUAAAUUGGUAAUAGAGUCAAUCAGGCAAGGUCAUGUGGAAAGAUGCGGACGUGUACAUGAAAUUAGCUUUUUGUGUUAAAUUUACAAUUAUCUCUAUUAUGAAUUUAUAAACCCUUUGUAAAUUUAUAUUUGUAUUUCAAGGGCUAUAUGCCUAUAUGUAUAUGUAGGAGUCAUAUUACUGUUCGAGGGCAAUUUUGCACCAAAAUGGAAAGAAAAAACUGAUUUUGUCC